UUUUUCCUUUUCCUAUUUCUGUUCUCCCCCGGAGAGCUUUCGAUAGCGUCAUACUUCGAUUCUAGUCGUCAAUAAUCGCAAUGGCUCCCAUCACAGAAGAGGUCGUCCACGGUCUGAAGGACAUGAUCGAGAAGCUUGAGAACCGUGUGCAGGAGUUGGAGGGCCGUCUCGGCGGCGAAUCCAAGCCUAAGUCUAUCGCUGAGCAGAUGCGCAUCGUCCUUAUGGGACCCCCGGUGCUGGGUACUCAGGCGCCUCGGCUUAAGGAGAAGUACUGCGUGUGCCACCUGGCUACCGGUGAUAUGCUGCGGUCCCAGGUCGCCAAGAAGACUGAGCUCGGAAAGGAGGCCAAGAAGAUCAUGGACCAGGGUGGUCUUGUUAGCGAUGAGAUCAUGGUCAACAUGAUCAAGAACGAGCUCGACACCAACACUGAGUGCAAGAACGGAUUCAUUCUGGAUGGCUUCCCUCGUACCGUUGCUCAGGCCGAGCGUCUGGAUGACAUGCUCGAAGCUCGUAAGCAGAAGCUCCAGCAUGCUAUUGAGCUGCAGAUCGACGAUGCCCUCCUGGUCGCCAGAAUUACUGGACGUCUUGUCCACCCUGCCUCUGGACGGUCGUACCAUAAGAUCUUCAACCCUCCCAAGAACGAUAUGAAGGAUGAUGUCACUGGCGAGCCCCUGAUUCAACGUUCCGAUGACAACGCCGAGACGCUGAAGAAGCGUCUUUCGACUUACCACGCCCAGACCGCCCCUGUCGUCGAAUACUACAAGAAGACCGGUAUCUGGCGAGGCAUUGACGCCAGCCAGGAGCCUGGCCAGGUGUGGAAGAGCUUGCUUGGUGUGUUCCAGAAGUAAAUGCAAAAGUCUUCUGGAAGGUACCAAAUGGGUUCACGAGCGUGCGUCAUACAGCCCCGUAACAUCCCCUGCCGGCAAGGGGAGGAGUGGUAUGUGCGAUGGAUAAAUUCUGAAAUGAUUCCAUGUAAUCUGCAAGAUGUUUGCGCAUCUGCCUCUUGGUGGGCUACAAAGGAGGGUAUUUGGAGAGUCCUUUUGGCGUCCGUACAUAAAGAUACCUUCAGUGGAAUUACAGCGAUAUGUAUAGUAUCUUUUGUUUGGCGACCAAAAUUCACUAUGUUCAGCCGGAUAACCCCGU